AUGACUGAGUACUUCGAGCGAGACGUCAUGCCACCAGCGCUCAAGUCGCCAUGCCCGCCUACCUCGAGCAACAACAGUGCAGGGCCGUCUUCGCCGGGGAUCGAUCUGAGGCCAUUCAGGAUUGGCCCACCGCCAGGCAUUCAACGGCAUCCAGGAGUGCUCCGACUCAGCCUGCAAUCCGGCGAAGUCGACAUUCCGCCGGCAUUCUACGUGAGUCGAUUAGAGUUCAAGGGAGAAGACAUGGUGGCGGCCGAAUUUUGGUACGAGCGUCGUAGCCGUGACCUGCUUCCUGCCAUGCCGUUCUGUGGUGGGUUCAUCGACCCAGGAAGAAUGGGAUCGGAGGGUAGUUAUUACCUUGACCUUCCCUGUGAUCAGAAUGAGUGGUGCCAAUUCCGCGCUGCAAUGCGUGGUGAUGAUCCACCCACCAUUCCUUCGAAGCGAGCCCCAUUUCGUGCCAGAUCGGUGUACUGA